UGUAAUGCUGACUCCGCCUACAGCCCGAGUGCACGCACACAGCCUUUGAGUUUCAAACUUCCGAGUCCUAGAGCUAUGAUUCUUUAUCAAAAACCUGUCGAUGUAUUCGCCUGAAUUAUCCUUAAAACGUUCACUUUUGGAGGUUUCUAGUAACUCUUUGAAAGUUUGUCGGUGUAUUUGAGGCCUGGACAAACUGACAAUCCAAUGUAUCGGACAUGGCAACAGUUCCUCGCGCUUAUGGGUUUAUUCGCAGUGCCAGGUGUGCUGCGAGUCGUUGGGAUGGAGAUUUUCACAUCCAAGGAGGUGGAGGCGUUGAACGGGACAGAAGUGAGAUUGAAGUGCACCUUUAAGUCCAAACACCCAGUGUCCCACUCCUCUGUGGCUGUCUCCUGGAACUUCCGUCCCCAGAACCAGGGAGCUGAGGAGUCGGUGUUUUACUACCAGGAGAUGGCAUACCCCCCUACAGAGGGGCGUUUUAAGGGCCAUGCAGUGUGGUCAGGGGACAUCCUGAGACAGGACGCCUCCAUCAGUCUGCAUGAAGUCCCCUUCACCUUCAACGGGACCUACACCUGCCAGGUCCGCAACCUGCCUGACGUCCACGGCAUCAAUGGAGAGGUCACCCUCAGGGUUGUCCACAAAGUCUCCAUCUCUGAUAUAGGCAUCCUGGCUGCAGCCAUCGGGGGAUCCAUCGCCAUAGUCCUGGUGCUGCUGGGUCUCUUCAUGGUGUUCAAGUACCGCAACCGCCAUGCCAACACAGACAUGGAGCUGCAGGGGAGGAAACUGCAGGAAACCAGAGAGCUGCAGGAGAGAGAGCUACAGGCCAGGGUUCUACAGGAGAGAGAGUUGCAGGCCAACAUCCUACAGGAGAAAAAGCUGAAGGCCAGUGAGAAGGAGCGUAAGGACCCUACAGUGUGGUGAUGGGUCAAGGGUCAGGGGCGUGUCUCCCUCUCUACCUCUGCUGACUGGUGUGGGGAGGCGUUCUGUCAGGACGGACUGGUCUCUGACUGGAGGGGAUGGCCAGUCCAGGACCACUAUUUUGGACCACUAUUUUGUAUGGACUGAUGCAUUUCUUCUACCCUCCACUCAUCCCUCCCUCAAUAUGAGUAUCAGGGAUCUCUGUACAUUCCACUAGUUUUAAUGUCAGGUACUGUUUCAUGAACUUAAUGUUUUUUACAGACAACUAUGUGAUUGGGUUGACUGUGCCAUCCCAGGAUAUACAGUAUUUUCUUUUCAAAUGUAACCCCCCCCAAAAAAACAUCACUUAUCAGAAUGCUAACAAAAUGCAAAAAGUACUAAGGAAUCCCCAUAGUGGAUGCUAGGUAAAUGCUAACGAACGCUUGCGAACAUUUUACUAUUAACAACCCAGCUCCUAAAGUUAUGCAAGUAUCUCGAAAUGCAGCAUGCACACAAUAUAUAUUAGACAGCAGGGAUCUUAUUUCAGGACGGGAUCGUGUCUGCUGCUGUUACCAAGAAGCUUGAUCUUGCAAGCUAAGGGUAGCCACUUAGCUGGCAUUAGUAGAGUAGCAGGACCCAGCUGGAAAUAAUUUAUUUGGUACAUCUUAGAUAGUUAACUUAGUAGUUAUAAGAUGCAUAGCUUGCAAACAGCUGUAACUUGAUCACUUCACUUAAGUUGUGCUGUAGGGGUGACUCACCUCAUGAAGCUCCCAUUUUGCUCAUCGUCUAUCUUUGUAAACAAACACACUUGACUUGCUCAAACAAUCAUACUGAUGAUGUUUCGAAAUACCCCGGGAUACGGUAUAUACGGCGUACCGCCAAAUCCUACUAUGUGAUUGUAUUUUGACUAUGCAGUAUGAUGACUACUCUUAUUAGAUAUGGCUGAAAUGACACCAGCAGCAGUCUCUUGAUGUGGUGGCAUCUGUUUCAUUACAUUUGGUUUGGUAGCCAUUUUGUUCUAAAUUCAUUUACAGAAUUAUUUUAACACUUUAAUAAUCAACAUUAUAACUGAGCUAAUGGCCCAUACAUUCAUUUGGGAAUAAUGUAAAUGUAUUUGGCAGCAGAUUUGUGAGUGUGUUCUAUGGUUAUGAUUAAGGUCCCGUUGUGAAUUUAGUCAGUGAAACCCUAAUUUAUCUGGGGUAGGCUACAGUAAGGGCUAGUGCUGGUGGAAGCCCUGUAUCUAGGGGUGGCUAAGGGCUAAGCUCAAGGUAAAUAGGGCUUGUGGAAGCUUUCCUGGGCCAGGAGCUUUCAGUGAUUAACACACUCCUGCUUCCUGCAACAAUGACAGCAUAAAUGACUGCCUAUUACUGCUGGACAUAAAACUGUCAAUCACCUUUGAAUGCAGAAGAAGAACCCCACAAUUCCAAGAAGCCUGUUUUCCAUGUGUUAUGUAGUUUUUGUGAUCUGAUGUGCCCAACGUGUCCAUUGAAGGAAGCCGUUCCAUCUGUCUCUUUCUGGGUCCAUGCUGAGGAUCAUGGGUGUUGUGGUCUCAAAGGUUUCCCCCUCUUUCUUACUCUGCCUAUGGAAAUCUGGUACAUCAAUGCAGGGCCCUCGCUACUGUCCAAAUCCAUACACUAUCGCGUGUGUGUGUGUGUGUGUGUGUGUGUGUGUGUGUAGAGGAUAACUAAGCCAGGUACAGAUAGGGCUGGAAAAGCCCGAGCAAAGAGGGUGGAAUGUUAGCAGUAAAGCUUUUAUUGGCCACAAUUAGACCAAAUAUCAAUAUUGGCAGGAUCAAUGAGUCUAUAGUACUCAAUCCUUUUAUUUUAACCAUAAUGACGUAGUUAUUGAUUUUGGUGGUUAAAUUGAUUAUGCGUCUUCACCUACUGAUGAGACUGGAAGAGCUAUGUGAUUCUGAAUGACACUGGAGGUCAAGGCUGUAUUAUGUUUGAAUCUUCCUCAUCUGAUGCACAUAGACAUGGAUUGUGACUGUGAUGGCCAUGUUGUAUCCCACUGUGCUGAGAGAGAGAGAGAACGAACACUCCUAACAGUGUUUGAGAGAUGGUCAUAUGGUCCUACCCGGUGGAUCCUGCCGCUCAUUCCUACAGUACACAAGUAUGGCUUUCAGUUUAGGAGAAACAUGAAGAUGUCACUGGCCCAAACAUGGAAGACAUCAUCAGUCCAUUCUAGCCGGAGACGAGGUGCUGGUUCAGGUCUCCUGACUUUUGGCUCUACAGUUAUCUGAUGUCUGUCCUAUCUGAUCAAAUCCUGCCUCCAGCCAGCCCCAUGACACCCUUUGGUGUUGACUGGAAACUGCGUUCUCCUGAUCAAAUCAAAUGUUAUUUUUCACAUGUUUAGUAAACAACAGGUGUAGACUAACAGUGAAAUGCUUACUUAUGGGUCCUUCCCAACAAUGCAUAGAGAAGAAUAAUAGAAAGAUAACAUGAAGGAUAAAUACACAAUUAGUGAUGAUAACUUGGCUAUAUAGACGAGGUACUAAUACAGAGUCGAUGUUCAGGGGUUCGAGGUAGAUGCUGUAUGUACAUAUGGUGUGUGUGGACCUGCGUUGGUGUGUGUGGACCAUGUUAAUUCUUAGUGAUGUGGACAUCGAGAAACUUGAAGCUCUUGACCCGCUCCACUACAGCCCCAUCGAUGUGGAUAGGGGCGUGCUCGUGCUUCAUUUCCUCUAGUCCAUGAUCAGCUCCUUUGUCUUGCUGAUGUUGACGGAAAGGUUGUUGUCCUGGCACCACACUGCUAGGUCACUGACCUCCUUAUAGGCUGUCUAAUCAUCAUUGGUGAUCAGGUCUAUAGACGUAUAUCAUUACAUGUACUUGUAAACACAUUUUAUCGCAUGUCUUAUAAGGUAGAGAUUUAUUUAAUUUACUCAUUUUCAAUAAUGGAUGUUUUUAAUUGUAUUAUUUGCACCAAAUAUAAACGCAACAUGCAACAAUUUCA